GAGCUGCUGCAGUAAGAUAAAAAGCAGGAUUUUCAUCUGAUCCAGCGAGAAGAAAUGACUUCUGUCAGAGAAGAAGGUAAAGACCGGAUCAUCUUUGCCACCAAAGAGGAUCAUGCAACACCCAGCAAUGCUGAGCUUGUAGAGGAAGAUCCCAAUGAUCCCUAUGAGGAGCGAGGUCUGAUUCUUCCCGAUGGGGAGAUCAACUGGAACUGUCCCUGCCUCGGGGGGAUGGCCAGUGGUCCCUGUGGGACUGAAUUUAAAGAUGCCUUCUCCUGUUUCCACUAUAGUAAGGAGGAGGUAAAGGGCUCUGAGUGCCUAGAGCAGUUCAGGGCCAUGCAGGAGUGUAUACAGCGCUACCCAGAGCUCUACCCGCAAGAAGAUGACAAGGUGUCUGAAGAAAAAUCAUCUGAAACAGAGCAGGCCUCACAAAACUCUGCUCCUGCAGAAACAUCAGAGGCCAACUCAACAUCUGCCCCUGUGCAAGACUCUGAUCCCAUACAACCCAACACAGAGAGCUCAGUGGAAAGCUCAUGAUGAG